AUGCUCCGACUGGCCGUCCUCGCCGUCCUCGCGCUCGCAACGAGCGCUGCCCCUUCCAACCUGCAUGGACUGACGCAAGAGCUGCGUACCAAGGUUGCGGCUGCCUCCACGCUGACUUGCGACGACGGGCUCAAGUCGUUGCCGAUCUCAAGCGUCAACGACGACUUUUGCGACUGCGCCGACGGCAGCGACGAGCCUGGCACCUCUGCGUGCUCGCACACGGGCGUUCUCUUCCACUGCUUGAACCACGGCUACUUUGCGUCCGACAUCCCGACCUCGCGCGUCAACGAUGGCAUUUGCGAUUGCUGCGAUGGCAGCGACGAGUACGCUGCGCCCGCGUCAUGCAGCAACACGUGUGCGACCCUCAAAACCGCGUACGACCAAAAGAUGGCGACCAAGCAUGCCGCCGAGGCUGGCGGUCGCGCCGCGCGCCAGCUCUUGGUGGCCAAGGCCAAGCAGGCGAAAGAGGAGCACUACCGCAAGCGCACCGACUUGGAGGCGACCAAGCGAGAGCUCGAGGCUGAGGUCGCGGCCGCCACCAAAGUCAAGGCCGCCGAAGAAGCGCUUGAAGUCCAGGAGCGCCGUCACGCGUCCGAGCGCUCGCGUCGGAAUGUCGCCGCGACAUUAGGUCUCUACGACCUGACAACCGAGCAACUCUCGUCUGUCAUCAUCGACCUCUCGCUCAAGCUGUACGCCAAGGACGAGGUAUUGACGGCGCUCCGGGCCGCGGGUGCACCGUCGUCGUCUCGGAUCGAGACGCUCGAAGCACAGUACAUCAAGGACGACGAGGCCCAUCGUGCCGAGGUCGAGCGUAUCGACUCGGCCAACGACGAGCGCCGCAAGCUCCGCGACGCGUCGACGGCCGACGAGGUGCCGCCCGAGCUUGAAGCACUCCCGCUCCCGACGCCGCCGACCGGCCCAUCACGACGCUGUUCGAGUCCGUGUCGAGUGAUGAAGCGACCGAGCGACCUGGUACAUGACACCACGCACCUUGUACAAGAUGGACUCAUGCGCAAGGAGGUCAUAGAAGCCAAGGAGGCACGGGAUGCCUUGACCGAGGCCCAGAGGAAGCUCACUAACGCCGCAUAUGACCUCUCGAGCGCGCAGACGAUGCUGGACAAGAGCUACGGCGCCGACGACGUCUUUCUCGCGGUCAAGGACACGUGCAUUUCGACGACGUCGGGGCAGUAUACGUACAAGAUGUGCUUCUUCGCCGGCGCAACCCAAGACAGCACGUCGCUAGGCACCAUGGAGACGAUCGACGCUGCAUCGCACGAACUCAAGUUUACGGGAGGCGCCUCGUGCUGGAACGGUCCCUCGCGGUCGUUCACCGUCGCGAUGGAGUGCGACGAGACCGAAGAGCUCUACAACAUUGAAGAGCCGUCGACGUGUGUUUACACGGCCAAGCUCAAGACGCCUUUGGCGUGCGCCGACGUCCCACGUCCCGCUGGCCACGACGAGCUCUAAGACG